CCACAAAAACAAAGAAGGCUGCGACCCACCUUUGUAGGAAAUCAGGCCCGGUCUGCCCCUUUCCAACUCCAUCAGUAUUCAUCCGUCCUUUAUACCGCUUCUUCAUCUAUCUAGCCGCACGAACCAGCUAGGGUUUCGCUUCUGCUGUGAGAUCUGUAGCUGAUUAGUCACUGAUUAUACAUAAAAAUGAGUAAGCUUUCGAGUGAUGCAGUGAGAGAAGCCAUCUCAGGAAUCAUGGGUGAUUCCAAGGACAAAGGGAGGAAGUUUGUUGAAACUAUUGAGCUUCAAAUUGGCCUCAAGAACUACGAUCCACAAAAGGAUAAACGUUUCAGCGGCUCCGUCAAGUUGCCUCACAUCCCUCGCCCUAAGAUGAAGAUUUGUAUGCUUGGAGAUGCCCAACACGUUGAAGAGGCAGAGAAAAUAGGUUUGGAGUCGAUGGAUGUUGAAGCUUUGAAGAAGCUCAACAAGAAUAAGAAGUUGGUGAAGAAACUUGCCAAGAAGCACCAUGCCUUCUUAGCUUCUGAGUCCGUCAUUAAACAGAUUCCCCGUCUCUUGGGUCCUGGUCUUAACAAAGCAGGUAAGUUUCCAACACUUGUCUCCCACCAAGAAUCUCUUGAGGCCAAGGUUAAUGAGACCAAGGCUAUGGUCAAAUUUCAGCUUAAGAAGGUGCUCUGCAUGGGAGUAGCCGUGGGUAAUGUUAGCAUGGAUGAGAAGCAGAUCUUUCAAAAUGUUCAACUCAGUGUUAACUUCCUUGUCUCUUUGUUGAAAAAGAAUUGGCAGAAUGUCCGUUGCUUGUAUUUGAAGAGUUCAAUGGGGAAGUCUUACCGUGUGUUUUAGGGUGUUUAUUUUAUGAUCAAUUUCCAAAUAUUCAGCGGCUUGUUCCUCUUAGCAUUAGUUAUCCUAAUAGUUGGAUAUAAUAUUUCAUCUUGUAACAAUUUUGCUGGAUUAUUUAUUGUUAAUUUUUGUUUUCAUGUUCAAAUACUUAAUUUUAAGCUUGUUGUUUUUGGUGCUCUA